AUGAAGUGUCUGAUACUAUGGAUAAAUACUGUAGUCAUUGCUACUGCUUUGGGCCAGCAUACAGUAAUCCCAUCAAUCGGCGUCUGCGAUCAUCCUUGGACACCAGCCUACGCCCAUGACUACAGAGGUUAUCUGGUAAUUGGAUCUCUUGUAACUUUCCAAGAGCAGAUUCAGCAAGGGUACAUGGUACGGGUUCAGUAUUCCACGAGAGAGUGGCUCGUUACAUUUAGCUUGGAUGAUUUCACAUUCAGAGGCAG